CCCGAAUGUGUCAAAAUACGGGUAGGAAAAUAAUUCCGGCAUGGCGGUCCAAGAAAAUCGCUAGACUAACUAGCAAUGUGUGUGUAUGUGAGAGAGAGAGAGAAGAGAGAGAGAGGGAGUGUAAUGUGUCCGGCUGCGAGUUAGAGACACACCGAGACAUGUCGAGUCCGACAUCAGCGGCGGAUUAACGCUCGUUCAGAGCCGGCGCAGGCACGCGGGAUGGCGGUUGGCAGCGCAGCUGAGCGCCGAUCGUGACGUCCUCGCCUUUACUGCGGAUCCUUCAGGAACACAAUCCGCGUGUUUACCUUCACACUGAGACAAUAACCAGCUCACACACACACACACACAUCAGGAUGAACAGAGUUAAAGGCGGGACGGUGACGUGGAAGCCACGACCGUGGCAGGACGCCGACAGCGCCGGGAGCGAGCCCCUCUCGGACAGCGACUCGGAGGAAGAGGAUUUCCCGGAUGACACGACGACGCCGCUGGGAGAGUACAUCACUCACGGUUUAAAGCAGCUUCUUGACGCUCAGCAGUUGUGUGAUGUUACUCUUCUUGUGGAGGGAAAGAAGUUCAUGUGUCACAGGGUUCUUCUGGCUGCUGUCAGUCCAUACUUCCGUGCCAUGUUUACCAGCCCCUUGGUAGAGUCCCGGCUCACAGAGAUCCGUCUGGAGGAAGUGACUCCUUUAGUCAUGGAGACGGUUAUCCAGUUCGUCUACACGGGAGAAGCAGGGCUCAGCCUCGAGACGGCAGAGGACUUGUUUGUGGCAGCCAACCGCCUUCAAGUUAUGCCCUUGCAAAAUCUCUGUUCCAGGUUCCUUUUCGAGCACCUUUCUGUGGAAAAUUGUUUGGGUAUGUACUCUUUGGCACGCUCGCAUCACGACCAGCUCCUGCUCAGAGCCUCAUUAAGACUGGUGGCUCAGCAUUUUCCUCGAGUGUCACGCCAGCGGGACUUCCUCCUGUUGGACCCGGGCACCCUAGGAAGCCUCCUGGAGUCGGACCGGCUCGGAGUGGAGUCUGAGACGGAGGUCUACGACGCGGCGCGGCGCUGGGCCGAGCACCGGCCCGCUGAACGCUAUUCCCACAUGCCGACCCUGCUCCGCCACUUGCGCCCAGGCUUGCUGGCUCCUGAGGAGAGCAGACGGCUCUGCAAAGAGUUUGGCCCGAGGGCAGGAACUGAGAGUAUGGGGGGUCCUCUGAGACCCCGAGAGGGCAUGCUGGAGAAGAAGAUUGUUUGCGUGGACCUUAAGCCUAGGGAAGACGAAGCUCUACGAGAGAGUGACUAUACAGUGGAUUGUUUUGACCCACGCACUGGAAAGUGGGAGAAACUUUCAGCCCUGGGUUCUUUGCUGUGCCCAGGCUGCACGGCAGUCGGCGGUCGGCUGUUUGUGGCCGGUGGAAUUUUAAGAACGGGCCAGGUUUCGUCGUCUAUGCACGAGUAUGACGUAGUUCUGGAUCGGUGGAUAUCGCGGCCAUCCAUGGAGCAACCACGUGCCAUGUUUGGUCUCCUUGGCUCAGGAAACUUUCUUUAUGCCCUGGGUGGCUGCAAUCGAUCAGCACUUCUUGAUUCUUGUGAAACAUUCGACCUUACCACGUUAACAUGGGCACCUGGUCCACGUUUGCCAUUGCCGCUGCGCUCUUUUGCCUGCGCCACUCUUCGAGGCCGACUGUACUUGCUUGGAGGCGCCACGUUGGAGCAGAACAGGGCCAUCAUUCACGCCGGUGUGCUUAUCUACCACACGACUACAAGGACCUGGAAUCGCAUCGGCCUCGAUUCCGGGGCCACCUGUCUCGCUGGAGGGGUGGCGGUACGUGGAGGGGUGUGCGCCGUGGGCGGUUACAUGCGCGACGCUGCAAAAUUUCUGGACGGCAAUUACACCCACUUGGAACCGCUAGAUGCGACUGGCCGCGUCUUGUUUUUCCGCGAAGGAAGGGCUGUAGGGACCGACCGGGACGUCAUGGCCGGAGUCGAGAGAAUUGGAGGCGGCGGUAGCGACCGUGCUCCUAGUCCAGUUGUUUUUCCAGGCCUGCCACGGCGCAUAGCGGCCGCAGGCGUCGCAAGGUGGAAGCGCAGGAUUUACGUGUUGGGCGGCGAGAACGGCUCACGGUUUUAUGACAGCGUGUACUGUUGGAAGCCUGGCUGGAGGAGCUGGGUCCAGAGACGCGAGAAACUACCAGGAGAUACAGGAGGAGUAAGCCAGUUUGGGUGCACCACUCUAAAAUUCCCCAAAAAACACAUCCUAGCACGCAUUCGAACAGCCCUGGAGAAGCAGGGGAAGGAAAAGAGACGGAAACGAAAGAGGGAGGAUGUGGACAGGGACCGGCAAACUAGAAGGGCAAAUCAGGGAGUGUGAUUUUUAAUUUAAUGAAUGUGUCCCUUUGAGUCGAUCACGUUCGAUUUAAACAUGAUGCCCUUUAUGUUUUGUUUUCCCGAAAAAAACAAACGUCACAUCGGCAGCUGACGCUUCUGUUGUUUUGAAGGCUCCUUUUAUCUCGCUGCAAUACACAGUAGUCGAAUGCAAAUUGAAGGUUGAGUGCUGUGAAAUCUCCACAUAAAGCAUGUUCAGUCUUAAAAAGUUCACCUAAAUGUACAUAAAAUAGCAAAAUAACAAGCUGGCUAAAAUCAAACUCACGAUCUACUGCAGACUGACUGCACUCUGUGAAAAGCAAUAAAUUAGGUCUAAUAGCCCUAUUUAAACCGUAUAAGUUUCCAUGAGCAUAGGAGAAGCAAGGUUUUAGCACUAUUUCUCUUCUGACGAGCCUUUAUGCUUCUGCUACAUACAGUAAUACAAUUAUGACAUUUGCAAAUGUAAUAUAAGCUUUACCUUUUUUUUUUGUUUGUUUAUUUUUUUAAGCCAUUUAAUGGCUUCCUAGUUUGUAUUGAAAUAAUGUGAGAUUACAGCAAGGAGAUAAAUUACGAUCCCGAACAAAGACUGAUAAUAUUUAAGAAAAAUUAUAAUAAUAAUGCAAUGCUGGUAAAAACCAGAGCGGUCCAUCCACACAAAUGACCAGAUCUUAAUUUAUUUGAACCUUUUGUUGGUUUUUUAUUUUCGGAGAUGAAGAAAGUAAAACACAUGACAUCAUGAAGACGCUUGGGUUUAAAAAAAAUAAUAAUAAAAUGGCCCAAUGUAAAAAAAAAAACAUGCUGUCUGAAUCCAAACGUUACUUUAAAAUUAUACUGAAUGCAAAACAAGGCUUGAGCGCAGCAUCUAUUAAAGUAAUCGAAUUUAAUUUAAAUGUAUAUUUUUGAAUUGUUUUCUAAUUUUACUGCAGUGUUUUUUAAAAUUGACUUUUUUAUUUGUUGCGAGCACAUAGUCGUCAAUAGCCAUAUAAAAUAAAAAUAAAAAGCUCUAAAUGGCAGAGUAAAUAAGAUUUUUAGUAAAAAUCUAUUUUAACGUCGUGUAACGAGGAAACAUUUCAUCUUCAAGACUACACUAUGGAGCGUACUCUCAUACCACCUGCAACAUAGUACAGUCGGCCCUCUGUAUCUCCGCGGGGUUCAACCAACCUCGGUUGUCUCACCGUUUGACAGAUCCACAG